UAUGGCGGCCAACUGGCAACUCUCAACUCUGAAUCGGGCUGGAAACAAACCCAGUUUACUGUGAGCAGUACACGCGUAUUGCAAAGUGUUCACAACAACCAAAUAAUAAAGGCAGAAACAUUUACAGUACAACACGUUGUGAAAAAUAGAAAACAAUUGACAACUAGGCAACUGAUGGCCAAGCCCUCGGGUGUCGGCGACAACUCGAUCCUGAGACGUUAGUUGCUCUCCGGAUGGGUGGAAGGCUACAUGUUCGCAUGGAAAUAUAACCCAUUUCGUACAGCUCUCGUGUGUAACGUAAUUUACUAAUUUUGUAUUAUUAAAAGAAAAAUAUUUUUACGCACGAUACAUGCAAAUUCCAGUCGUUUGAAUUAAUAGUCAGAUAGCUUCUGAUACAACGCAAUAAUUUCGAGGUCAAAAUAUCCAUUGCAGAGCUUCAUGACCAAGUAAAUGCCAAGAGUGAGACGCAAAGCUAUGAAAAGGUGAAUCUGUAUGAAAAUUUGUAGUAAAAAAUCAGUGACACUAUGCUCGUGAAGAUGUGUGUGAAAAUGCUGGUGUGCGCUGCGUUCCUGCUGGCCGUGCCGUCGACGACCCAAGGAUUCAACGUUGGUGUUUCAGGUACAAAAUGUAAUUUGGAUCCAAGCAAAGGCGAGAUAAAUGAUCCCUGUGCCAGACUGUAUGAUGGCGUGUGCAAAGGGAGGUACUGUGGCUGUCCCACUGGUACCCAUGAAGACAAGAAUCUUGGGGUAUGUGCUCCCGGUGAAGCGUCAAAAACAGCUGGCGGAACACAGGCAGGGAGGCCUGGCAGUGCAUUUGACGACCUUCCGUUUGACUUCCCUGGUGGUGGUGGUAGCACAGGUGGCACAGCGCCCAAAGCACCUCCCGCUCCAGCUCCAGCUCCAGCACCACUGCCUCAUCCUCCACCACCUCCACAACCUGGCUAUCCUGGGUCUAAUCAGCCAGGCUACAACCCCAAUCAGCCUGGCUACAACCCCAAUCAGCCUGGCUACAACCCCAAUCAGCCAGGUUACAACCCCAAUCAGCCAGGUUACAACCCCAAUCAGCCAGGUUACAACCCCAAUCAGCCAGGUUACAACCCCAAUCGGCCUGGUUACAAUCCCAACCAGCCUGGUUACAACCCCAAUCAACGAGGUGGCCAUGGAACUACUAAAGGAGGUAGUGAUGUGGGUGAAAAGGCAGGAGGAGGAGUGGGUGGAGUGAUCGGCCUCCUCUUGAUUGGUGGUCUCAUCUACUUCUGCUGUUGCCGUGGAGGAAAGCAUAAGCAAGUUAUGAACAGGUUCCAAGGGCUGCCAUUCAUGCGUGGUGGCCAGGCAGGCGGCCAAGGACCAGUUGCUUUGCAGAGUCAGCCCGUGCAACAAGACCCCAACUUCGGCUCCCAGCACACAUAUGUCCCGCCUGGUCAACCAGUUCCUCAGGCACAGUACCCUCCUCCACAACAGCCAUACCCAACAGGUGGGGGAUAUCCUGCAGCUCCAUAUGCACAACAGCCAGGUUUUGCCCCUUACCCACCACAAGGUGAUGGGCAGCCCCCUAUGCAGCCUUACCCACCACAACCUAUUCCACCAUAUCCUCCACAGGGAGCACCAUAUGUGGCUUCUGCUCCCCCAGAAGGUUACCCGGUUGAUGGCCAGAAGCCCCCACCCUACACACAGGAAUACCAGCCUAAUGCUCCGCCGUCCUAGUUGCAAUGUGCAGCUCCUUCCUAGCUCUUUCAUAGGUUGACAUAGCUUGAGAAAUGGUAUAUUGGUAUACUCUUUGAGAAAAAUUACUGUAAUUGCUAGAGACCUUGAUAAAUUGGUUUUACAAUUCUUAAAGCAGUAAACAGUUUUGCUUGUUUGGAGAGGAAUAGCAUUUGAUAUGUGAUAUUCAUUGGAUAUCAUGUGGCAGCAUAAUCUGUAUUUAUUCUUUAACUGUUUACAGAUUACAUUAGUAGAUACUAGGUACACAGGAUAAAUGUAUUAUCUGUAACCAUUUUCCUGUAGCAAAAUCAUGUUUUUUUAUUUUGAAGGUAUUUAUCUACCUCUUGAAACUGCUCCAAGCUCUCUAAACUCACAUAAAAGCUAAAUUUUCUAGGCAGCAUUUAGAUAAUCAGUGUACACAAAGAAUCACACACUAAGAAAAAAUAAGCUACUGUAACCUAAAAGGGUUAAAAGGUAGAUCUUUUAUUACAAACAAAUUUCUCAAUUCAUUAUUCACUACUAAUGCAGUGUAUGUAGAAACAUAAAUCACUAAGCAAAUUAACUUUACAUAUUCCUGUCGUAAAUUUUGCAAUUUAUUUUUGAAACAUUUAGAGGAAAUGCGUAUUAGAAACAGAUGUGCUCAUCUGUUCACCCAAGCAUCAAUCAAGUUCUCCUAUUUGUAACUGCCCUCACAUCUUUGCUAUUAUAGCAGUCUAAUUUGUUACAAGUUUAAAAGUGCAAGUGUAAUUUUACUUUUGUUUUUGUUGCUUGGGAAUUGGGAUUUUUGGUUGUUUGUAUAACCCUUGAAGGAUGAAAUAUAACAAUUGUCUUUCUCAGGUAUGUGUGCACACAACAAAACUCAAAGUUGUUCCAUAGAAUGUCCACAGUAACCCAUUCUCACCUAUUGAUCUCUAAUCAUAUCACGUCAUGUUGGAUGAAGUUUAAUCACUGUUUGUUUGAACCUGCUGAAAUGAUGCCAGGGUGCCUAGCUGUGAACUGGACAAUGGUCCUCAACCAGACUGGCUCAUGCUAAUUCACCAUAAUAUCACCAUACUUUACUCAAAAUUUUACCUGUUGUGUUUGAGUUGAAGCACAUGCAUACACACACACACACACACACACACACACACACACACACACACACACACACACACACACACACACACACACACACACACACACACACACACACACAAA